AUGUGCACGAUAAUCUUGCAGGUUCAUUACCAGCAUAUCAAGGACCGCACCGUCAUUCUUGCGGAAAACCGUGUCGAGGCCCUCAAUGGCGUCGCGCCGAGGCCAGGGGAGGGCGGCCCGCAGGGGAUGCCCCAACGGCCGGGGCUGCCGUUUUGGCUAGGCCAGCCACCCGGCGGCUCGCACUCGGGCGCCUCCUCGCCCGCCGGGACUUCGCCAAACUUACACCUCCCCGCAGGCCGGACCGUCGCCAGCUCACAAAUCACCUGGCUGGGAGUGACGCUUAAGGCCACAGAGAAGGGAGGGGUCAGCCUUCCCGCGAACGUGGUAGCGAGGCUGGUGAAGGCUCAAGCACUGACUGCCUUUACGAAACGGGUUAACGCCGUGUACAGAGGCCUCCGCCCGGAUGCCGCGAGGGCGUGGUUCAAGUCCGGAGAGGUUCCUACACCGUCGUACGGGCUAUGGCCACUGUUCCAGGGGCACCAGAACCAGAGAGCGGUGGCCGAACUUAAAAGCCUUGAGGCGGCAACCAAGGCCUCGCUGAAAGCACUCACCCCAGCGUGGGAGAACAUUACCCGUGGCGCUAAGGUACUGGGCCGUGGGCUUCUCCCCCCCAGGAGACUCAACCGCCCCACGGGGUCACCGUUAAGGCUAGCGAGCCUGUACCUCAGCACCCCGCUGGACCCCGCCCCGGAAAAGCUAGACCCCGUUGGGCCGGGGGCGGCAGCGAUAGUGGAGCUGUUUGGACUAAAAACCCGACCGCAAAAGGCGUUACGCCCGAAAGGUGACCCCGGACCACGCCUCGCACAGGCGGACCCCGAGCCGUGGUGGGAGGCCAACAAACCAAAGUUGUUCGCGCACGUCAAAUGGGACCCCAGGUGCUCGUGGGAGAAGGGGCUCCACGGGAUGAGCAGGGCAGAGAGAACGACACGGGACCCGGUCCUGGUAGAAGGUAGGGGGCAGUUACACACCUUGCUAGCCGAGGGGUCAGGGCAUGGAAAUUUCGAGUUCUACCACUCCAGGUUUAACCACCCGCCAUCCCCCGACUGGUUCUGCCUUUGCGGGGAGGUGAAAGAGGUAGGCCAUACCGACACCUGCGAGCUGCGGAGAGUGCCCGCCCCCUGGAGGAAGGAACCCCUCCUGGAACAAAACAACACGGAGGAAGCCAAGUGGCGGAGGAGAGGCAAGAACGCCAUGAUCCGGAUCAGGAUCGAGAAGACCCUCAAAAAUAUGGGGGUCGACCAGCUGAUGCACAUCAGCGGAAGUGGGAUAGAGGCCAAGGGACAAGCAACCCGGGAAGAGGACCCGGAGGACUCGGAGCCGGAGGAGGAGCUUCCGAUCGCGGAGGUCUGCAGAUUGGAAUAA